GUAUGGUCUUCCUGACAACGCCGUCAAGGAUUUUGGCGACACUGUCUCCAAUCCUGCGCACUAUGGCCAUGACAUUACAUUUUGGUGGGUCUUCGAGCACAAUUCUGGCGGUUUCGUGGUUAAACACCGUGUUGUACACGUCCCAGGUCGCUUUGAGUAUCUAUUAUUUACAUCAUUUUACUCGGACGUCAAAAUGGCUCCGCUACUGGAUCCUGGCAUCUUUGACCCUCGACGGAGCUUGUUCGAUCACUGAUAUGGCUGGUGCUUAUAUGUAUCUGGUUAUUAACCAUGGACGCCGCACAUUUUCAUGGACUAUUCCGACCACAGUCUUGCUUACAUAUACCUCAGCCUCGAUUGCACAAGCCUUCUUCUGUUACCGACAUUGGACGAUCGCCAGGAAUAGAUGGAUGACGGGAUGGAUUAUAUGCCUGAUUACAGCAAAUAUGCUCGCCAGUCUGAUAUCUGCCGUCUAUAUAACCAUCCUUUCAACAAAAUUUAUCUUAGCCAUACCUGUGACGACUACCGUAAUAUGCGCAGUAACGGAUACGACAAUUGCAGGGUGUCUGAUCUGGACAUGUUCACACAUUGAGUCAUCUUUCUUGUAUACAAGAACCCUAUUACGGCGUGUCAUGAUCCAAGCAUUAACUUGCGGAUUCACGACGGCCAUUCCCACAAUUCUCAUGACCGUUUUUCUCUUCACUGUCUGGGACGCAUUCUACACCCUCUAUGCUACACUCGGACGCAUUUACAGCUUGACAGUUCUGUUAACUCUUAUGCUGCUUCAGAUUAUGCAUCGUUGUGAUACACCCACGCCGGGAGUAGAUGGAGAUGGUUCCGGCUCGCCCGCCGUUCUGGAUUCGUUCCGUGAGUCUAUGGAUGUGCAAUUUUCAUGUGAGACUUAUAGAGACGGCUGCUAUCAGUCUUUAAGAACACGUUAAAUAACGAUACAGGCAACGCUCAGUUACCGGUAUGGGCAUGACUCUUCUGUUUGCUUCUACUGACUGAAUUCAUUCACCUGGAUUUGGUAGAGUGAAACUAGCUUCUCGGCGCAUCUUCCCUUGAGAAAUUUAGCUAAUGACCAACCUUUCGCACACACCGUUUGAUUUUAUAUUAAAUUGCCGCUAGUAUCCAGACUUACACGAACGUAUAAUAACUUCCUUUGAUAUCUCUGGCAUCUCCUUCAAUUUAUGUAGGAUUGAUGUCGCUCCCUCCAAGCUUCUUUUAUUUAAUUAGUGUACAGGUGUUUUGAGUAGCUCCUUUGCAAUGUUGCAUAGAGAAAUACUAGUUAUCGGUCUUGAAAUAUUCUCG